AGAGGAAAAUAUGGUGCAAGAUAACCAACCUCAACCGCAACCUCAACCGCAGCCUCAACCGCAACCUCAAGCGCAACAUAACUCCAACCGCCUCGACAUACCUGGCCGAUUCCUUCCCAUCAUUCCCAUCCAUAACGCCCCAACGCUUACAAAGGCUAUUAGUGCGUUUUUGGUUCGCUGGUGCGCUUUUCAUAUUCACUUGCCCAUGCUUUAGAGCGUACCAGUUCUAUACAUUCUUGAUGAGCCUGAGAGGCCGCCCACCACCGGAUGGCGUAGACUCUUUCACCCCAAAUCGUCAAGCCGUUUCUCAUUACCCAGCCCUACCCGUCCCCAGUUUCUCGUAAAGAAUGACCGUUGACGGCACAAGCCACGGCACAACCGCAACCCCAGCCGCUCCAACGGGGGAGGAGAUUGACUGGCUGGUGAAGGCCGGGGAUGCGAUUUACGGGCCGUUCAUUCAUCAGCCAUCGGCCACCACAACCUGUGCUGCAAUCUCCGAACAACCAUGCCGCGUGAAGGUGCAAAUCUUCUCGGACUUUGAGCAAGUCCCCACGGGCCUGAAGGGAAACACAAUAGCUCCAAGGGCGUCACUGGGCCAGUUGCUUGGGGCAUCGUCGAGAGGUCACAGGAGCUACGGCAGCGCUUCGGAGGCGAGCACUCGCGACUGCCCUAUCUUGGUCAAUAUCGCGGCGACUUCCGGCCCUAUUAUAACCACUAUAACCGCCGCCAAGCACUUUGUCCAACAGCUAGUAACAGCCAUAUUACUCGCUUUGGCUAUUGCCCUGGCUGUCAACCUCGUCGUCUUCCCCGUCAAUAGCCGUCUAGUCGUCUUUAUGGAAUUUGCUGGCGCCAUUGGCCUGCUGAGAAAGACGGCUUCCCUGCAAAAGGCUUACCUGGCCAGUCUCGAGUCGGAGGAUAUGUUCGCGCCUGCUACGAGAAUGGAGAAGUUAAAGACGCUGGCACCAUCCGCACGCCCGCCCCCAGGAGUUGGUGUUGUCCACCAGCACGACUUCGGCAGUACAAGGACCAAUUUUGUCAAGUGCGAGCCUCCCCCAAGAAAUGCCUACGGCCAUGCCUACGACCCUGCCAACGCCGGCAGAAGCGCUGACCACCUACCUACUUGUGGCCGCCGACACGGACUCGGCGAUUGGUACGGUCGUUAUUAA